AUGUUUCUAGCUAUAGUGUCAUGUCCUGAUAUCGCGUACGCAGUUAAUGUUGUCAGUCGCUACCUAAGUGAGUACACUGAGAGCCACUGGCAAGCUGUCAAACGAAUACUUAGAUAUUUGAUAGGAACCGCGGAUUUUGGCAUCAUGUAUAAAAGCUGCGGGAGCAAACUCGAAUUACGGGGAUAUUCCGAUGCAGAUUAUGCCGGCGACGUUGUAAUGCGGAGAUCUACUACCGGGUAUGUGUUUAUGUUAGCAGGAGGACCAAUUACAUGGUCAUCCCAGAGACAGAAACUAGUAACUCUAAGUACCACUGAGACGGAAUAUUUUGCUGCAGCCACAGCCACCAAAGAAGCAGUGUGGCUUCGUAAGUUGCUAGAUGAUAUUGGAUUUCAAGCUGCUGGUGCGUCUGCUUUAUUCGUCGACAAUCAGAGCGCUAUCAAGCUCAUUAAAAAUCCGGAAUUCCAUAAACGUACCAAGCAUAUUGACGUCCGGUACCAUUUCAUCCGUUUUUAA